CAGAGCCUCCAGCUGAUCCUUCCCAUGUUGGAGGGCUAAACACCCAGCCCCAGCCUUCUCUGUGCAUCCCCAGAAGGUUGAAUACCUGCUUGGAGACACCGUGGGCCUCACAUGCUCUGCUCCCCCUGCGAGGGAUCAGGUGUCGGUAUUCCAAUACUACAGCAAUAGGGGAUGGGCUGUUUCAGCCAGGAUGUCCUCCGGGUGGAAACACACCUACAACCUCAACAUCACGGAGCCGGGGAAUGCGGGUUUGUACAGCUGUAACUAUUACACGGGCAAGACUGGUCGUUUCGUCCAGUCCUAUGAGAGCAACCGCAUCAGCAUCAGAGUCAAAGACCCGCCUCCCAAGCCAACGCUGAGUGUGGAUCCCCCAUCUGGAGUGGUGAGCGAAGGGCACCCCCUGCUCAUCACCUGCACGGCCCCCGGGAACGCCAGACAGCUGAGGUUUCACUUCUACCAGGAUGGAGCCAAGAUCGUCCCUGGGGAUGUUGGGUCUGAGAUCAGCACCGUGGAGCCCAGGACCGGCUCAAUGACAGUCUCUGAGCUCAGCAUCCCACAGGUUGACACCAACAGCACCGGGGAAUACACCUGCCGGUAUGAGGAGAAAGAGAGUGGGAGAUGGAUCAUGUCCACCAAGAGCCACGCUGUGACUGUUACCUUGAAAGAUCCCCCUCCACGGCCGGUGCUGAGCAUGGAUCCCCCAUCAGGAGUGGUGAACGAAGGGCUCCCCCUGCUCAUCACCUGCACAGCCCCCGGGGAUGCCAGCGAAUGGAGGUUUCACUUCUACAAAGACGGAGCAAAGAUUGUCCCCGGGGAUGCGGGGUCUGAGAUCAGCAUCAAGGAGUCUAGCACCAGCUCUAGGAAUGUCUCUGUGCUCAGCAUCCCACGGGCUGGUCCCAACAGCGCCGGGGAAUUCACCUGCGGGUACGAGGAGAACGUGAAUGGGAAGUGGGUCCCAUCCCCCAGGAGCUGGCCUGUGAACGUCACCGUGAAGGAUCCCCUGCCCUUGCCGGUGCUGAGCGUGGAUCCCCCAUCUGGGGUGGUUAUCAAGGGGGUCCCAUUAGUCAUCACCUGCAAGGCCCCCGGAGAUGAGCUGGCCUGUGAACAUCACCAUGAAGGCUAUCUCGUCUCUGCCCAUCCCCCUGGUGGCUGGGUGCGCUGGUGCUGCCGUGGGUCUGGUUCUGCUGCUGCUUCUCAUCUAUCUCUACCAGAGGAAGAAGAAAGGUUCCAAGUGGGAGUGGAGGAGGAGAGCCCAGAACGAUGGUUUUAUCAGCAGUUACUCACCUAUGCCUCUAACAAUGAUCAACCCAGACACUCUUUAACAGCCCCCUCAGCUCCUUGCCUCCAUGUCCCCUGCAACAUCAUAGGACCAAUGAAGAUCUGUGAAGCUUACCACACUCACCGUGCAUAUCCUCCCAAGGUCUCCUUGACGCUGGCGGGCACACACCAGGCCUCCAGCCGAAAACAUCCCCGGCAAAACGGAGAUGUGAUUGUGUCUCUUUGCCUGCUGCAGAGAUACUGGGACUGUUUGAAAGGAAGGAAGAAGUUUCUAUUCUCCUAAUGUCUCAGCAAAUCUCCCCUUUACCGGGAACAUUCAAGCUGAUGUAAAUCUCUGUAAAUUUUCUGUCUCCUGUUUGUCA